AUGGCGGGAGCAUCAGACUCGGAUAUCCAGCAGUUCAUGGCAUUGACUAACUGCUCGCUGGACGUGGCCCAACGAUACUUGAUUGAGAAUGGAGAUAUCUCUGAAGCAUUGAAUGCUUACUAUGCAAAGAGUAGCGAUGCUAACAGCGAUAAUGGCGAAGGUUCAGGAAAGCUGAGCGACUCAGGAAGUACCUUGCAGAGGCCAUCGUCUACCGCUUCGGGUCAAUCGCGGGACUCAAGAGGAAUGGUGAAUAAGUCUGCAAAGAGUGCGAACAACACCAAGUUUAUGAGCUUUUCAGACAUGGUUCGAGGAAAUGCGGAAGAUGAUGUUGAGGAUGACGAAAACAGAAACACCUUUGCUGGUGGUGAAACUUCGGGCCUGGAAGUUACUGAUCCGAAUGAUUCAAAUUCUUUGAUCAAAGACCUCUUGGAGAAGGCGAGACGUGGUGCACAACAGCAGCCAGGAGAUUCGGAAGCUGACACAAAAAAGCCUGUACAUCAGUUUGUUGGAAAAGGUUAUAGACUGGGGUCAGUGAUCGAUGAUGAAAAUCAAGUAGUCGAAGAUAUUCCAGAGACAGCACUUCCAAGCAAGCCCAAAAAAGUGACCAGAGAAAUAACAUUUUGGAAAGAAGGUUUUCAAGUGGGUGAUGGAGGGUUAUAUAGAUAUGACGACCCAAAGAACAGCUUUUAUCUGAACGAGUUAAAUCAAGGGAGAGCGCCAUUGAAGCUGUUAGAUGUUGAGUUUGGUCAAGAAGUUGAUGUAAACGUAUAUAAAAAAUUAGAGGAAUCUUAUCAACCACCAAAGAAGAAAUUGGGGGGGUUCUGUGGGCAAGGUCAAAGGCUUGGUUCGCCUAUUCCAGGAGAAUCUGAAUCUCCAGUUGAAGAAUCCCAUGAGGAUGAAGCUGAAAUUGAAGAAAAAAUAGAGGAAAGACCUACAGGUGAUUCAUCUAUUCAAAUUAGAUAUGCCAAUGGCCAACGCGAAAAGUUACGCUGCAAUGCUCUUGAUACCGUUCAAUUUCUCUAUGACCACGUAAAGGCUAACACCGCGGAUAAAAGUAGAGCAUUCACGCUAAAUCAUGCUUUCCCUGUAAAACCGUUACAAGAUUUUGAUUCUACUGUGAAAGAUGCUGGGUUAAUAAAUUCAGUGAUUAUUCAGAGGUGGGUAUAA